AGUCUGUAAAAUACCACCAUAAAAAAAUCUGAAAAUAAACGUGUAUUGUUAUUGUGACAUUUAUUGUUCUAUUCGAAUGAGCUGCCAAAUAGGCCAGCGAGAUUGUUAGCAAGUGAAGUUAGCUAGCUAAUUGCCUCUUGUCGUAAAUAAGUCUGACAGCAAUUUGGGUGCUAGAGUAGCCCUUGUACCUCACCUGCCUCGCCUGUAGGAAAGUGAUGAGUUAUUGUUUUAUAAAUAUUAACUAUUCACCAUCUGUAAAGUUCAUAAAUGUCCUGAUUCAUAGCUUCACCUCAACGUGGUGGUCCGGUAUGAUUUUAGAGGAUGUCUGCUACAGCUCUUCGCCUGAUUCACUGUAGAAGACUAAGCACAGCAAACCAAGGAUUAAAGAAAACGCUGUUUUGGGGAAAUAUUAAAAAAAUAGCGAAGGUGACCGGAGCAGUUGUAUUGGGCGGCUGUGUUUUCAUCACCUACGAGGUGGUCGCCCUGAACAAGGCCGUUACCAUCAACACCCAGGCUAUCCUUCAGGAGAAGCGCAAGUCCUACAUCUACCUGAACACCAACACCCUGAACGAACAGGAGAACCUUGCUACCGGCCUCACGUAUAAGACACGGAAAGAACUGCACAAAGCAGCGAGACGAUUUCUGGAGAUCUCCUCGAAAAUCCUCCUGAAGCCUUUGGACGAGCACCUGAGCCACCUGGAUGCGGACCCUCAUGAGUACGCUCUCUGGGUGCUGCUGAAACGCACACGCGCCGCGGCCAGAGCUGACCGCCUGCACGCCGUACAGGAGCUGGCAGAACACACACACUGGCAUGAUUACCAGUACAGAACCGCAGCCCAGGCAGUGGACCAGCGCACAGCCAUCGGCCUCGCCCGGACCCCCCAGGUGGACCUGCGCUUCUUCCGCUCCCCGCCCCUGCUGCCUGUGGUGGAGCACGGCUUCUCCAUAGAGGACAGGCUCAGGCAGCUGCUGGCGUCCCUGCCCCAGGCGGAAGUGGACCAGUGCGUUCAGUACUUCACCUCGCUCGCCCUGAGAGAGAGCAGCCAAUCACUCGCAGCGCAGAGGGGAGGACUGUGGUGUUUCGGGGGGAACGGGUUGCCCUACGCGCAGAGCCUGACCUCGGUGCCUUCGGAGAAGGUGGAGUCUUUCUGCCUGCAGGCACUGGUGCAGCACUCAAAGGUCCCCAGUCACUGUGAUCCCAUCGUGGCCAAAGGGGGCCUGCUGCUGCUGCAGAGGGUGUUCCAGCUCCGCAACGACUCCCAGAAAAUCCAGAGGAACAUCGUGCGCAUCAUAGGGAACCUGGCCCUGAACGACAGCCUGCACAAUGCCAUAGUGCAGUCAGGGUGGGUGUCUGUGCUGGCGGAGAUGAUGCAGUCCCCCCACAUCAUGCAGGCCUCCCACGCCGCCAGGGCCCUGGCCAACCUGGACCGGGACGCCGUGCAGGAGAAGUACCAGGACGGGGUGUACAUCCUACACCCCCAGUGCCGCACGAGCCAGCCGAUAAAGGCGGAUGUCCUCUUCGUUCACGGGCUGCUGGGCGCUGCUUUUAAGACCUGGCGGCAGCAGGAUUUGACGGAAGAGGAGAAAGCCGCAGGCACUCGAGAUGACUACACCGAGUGCUGGCCUAAGUCGUGGCUUGCCGCAGACUGCCCCCACCUCCGCAUCCUGUCCGUGGAGUACGACACACACCUCAGUGACUGGAGGGCCAAGUGUCCCGUCGAAAACCAGAGGAAGUCUUUGGCCCACAGGAGCCGGGAGCUGCUGGACAAGCUGAAGACGGCGGGCGUUGGCGAUAAGCCUAUCAUUUGGGUGGCUCAUAGCAUGGGAGGUUUGCUGGUGAAGAAGAUGCUCCUGGACGCGGUGAAUGACCCAGAGAUGCAGCCGCUGCUGAGGAACACGAAGGGGAUCAUGUUCUACAGCGUUCCUCACUUUGGGACCUUCAUGGCAGAGUAUUCAGUCAAUGUUCGAUACCUGCUCUUCCCCUCUAUAGAAGUCAAGGAGCUCUCCAGAGACUCUCCAGUACUUCGUGAGCUCAAUGAGAACUUUCUGAACAUGGCCCAGGACCAGGACAUUAAAGUUCUGAGCUUUACUGAAACCAGGCCCACCAAUGUCGGCCCCAUGAUCAAAAUGCUGGUGGUGCCUGAGCAGUCUGCCGAUCUUGGGAUCGGUGACUUAAUUCCGGUGGAUGUGGACCAUCUUAAUAUUUGCAAGCCAGAGAAAAGGGAUUCCUUCCUCUACAAGCAGAGUUUGCAGUUCAUCCAAGACACACUGGGGCCCCAAGUCAUACACUGACCUCAGGACUUUUGUUUUUAGGGCACAACUACAGUGUCUGACCCAACUUAAUGAAGUACUGCUGUCCAUACGGUACACUGGAGGAAGAAUGCAAUGCAGAGAGGGUCAUUUGGAAUUUGGAGAAGAAAUUGUGUUUCUAAAUUGUACACUCUGAAUCUGUGGUGUUGUAUGAUUUGAAUGUUUUAAAAGGUGUUGGUCUCGUGGUCAUUUGCCGAGUAACAGCUGUUCUGGGGGGGGGCUGAAAAGAUAAAUUUUGAGAUUGCUUACGUAUGAACAUUAAUUUUUAAAGGAAACAUAAAUAAAAGUACUUGCCAUUUACUUUUAGAGAUUGUUAUGGAAUGGAACCUCCCUGUAAAUAUUGGAGUAAACUUGACUCACAGUUUUAGUAAAUAGGGUCAUAUCAUUUCAAUUGUACUGCACUUAGUGUACAUUGAACAGCGAGGCACUGAAUGCAGUGUUAACCGGUACUCCAAAUGUGCAUUUUUAUCCCACCCCCCACCCCCCUAAUUACUAAAUGAAAGAUAUACUUAUUUAUAUGUUAAGAUACCCAAUGAUUGCCUUGUUUAGGACCAUAUUUUCUCACUUCUACCUCAGGUGCAGUUUAAUGCAUUAAAAAAUACACAUUAACAUUAUUUAUCAGGAAGGCAAUGUCUGUACUUACAUUUUAGUAACAACUGUAGGCUGUUGAUGACCAGUGUUAUUAUUUCUAAGUUACAUUACAAAGGAUCUCUCUGACUUGAACAUGGUUAUUCUGAUAUAUGGAAACAUCGGGCGUUGUCUAUAAAUUAUGUGCACUGAAUAAACGGGCCGAAAGAUG